ACACCAAACACUCACAAGCUGGGCGUCCUAUACGUCGUAGAUUCCGUAACCCGCAAAUGGUUGGAUCAGGCAAAGGCCCUUGGACAGCCCGUCACCCUCGGUGCCCAGGAUGGCACCUAUGCUGCCGGUGUCCAUAGAGUGACUGAACUAAUGCCCAUGUUCAUGAACGCCAUCAUAUCUUCGGCCCCCGAGGAUCAAAAGGAGAAGAUCAAGAAGCUCGUCGACAUCUGGGAUAAGGGCCAGACGUUCCCUCCCGAUAUGGUCAACACCUUCAAGGAGAAGUUGAAUGCCCAUCAACAGCAAAAUGUCUCGACAACACCACCAGGCAGUCCCCCUCCUAACACGCUGGCUUUCUUGCAGGCCGCUAGCAGACCUGCCCCUACGCCUACAACUUCCGCCACAAUGCCGCCCAACAUCCUGGAGACCCUAGCAAAUCUUGCCCGCUUGAAUGCGAAUGCGGCUCAAAGUACUCCCAGCGCGGCCGCCCCUGCUCCCGCCCCGGCUGUAACUGCGGCUGUGGCCCCGUCUCCGGUACAGGUGGGAGUCCCUCAGAUUCCUCCUGUUACUUCCACGCCGCAUCCCAUGUUUCCUACUUCUGGCCAGCCUAGUAAUGGAGCAUUGCCAGCCGGAUAUCUCCCCGGUGUGGGGCACCCGGGCAUGCCGUACUUGCCAGCAUCGCAGCCGGCGGGGCAGUCGGUGAACUUGCCACCGACGAUGCCAUUUGGCUUCCCAGCUCCGGCGGCACAACCAGCUCAGCCUGCGCAAGUGCCAGGAGCGGCCCCUGGUGCGAAUGCCGCUACAACUGUUCAGCUGUUCAAAGUCCUUGCUGCCCAGGGCAUCCCUCUCGACAAGAUUGCAAGUGUAAUGCAGAUGAUGGGUCAACCAAGUGGCACCGCCCCGGCAGCACUUCCCCAGCCCGUUGCUCAACCCCCCUAUGCUGGCUAUGGGGCUCUUCCCCCUGCUGGCGGUGUAUCCGCUGCCCCUGCAUGGGAACCCGUGAGGCAUGAUGAAUCACGUGAUCGUAAUGGCUAUCAUGAUGGGAUGAGGUCUCCAAAUAGGCCCCGGGGUCGUUCUCGCUCACGCUCGCCGCGGCGCUGGGAUGUCAGGGGGUCGCCUCGAUCCCGCGGUAACGAUCACUUUGAGUAUGGGCGAAACACCCCGCCCCGUGGCCGUCCGGAUGAUCGUGGCAGAGACCGGGAUAUGCGUAUUCCCGACUACCGACAACGGUCGCCCCCGAACCGUAGACAUCAGAGCCCCGGCCAGGAGCCGCCCUCCGAGAAAUGGGUCAAACACGAUCCUACUCUUCCCAAUGGCCACAUCAAGGUGUAUAGCCGCACACUGUUUGUCGGCGGUGUGACAUGUUCCGAAGCUGAACUCCGUUCCAUCUUUGGUCGCUACGGCGAAGUACAAACGUGCAUCGUCAACAAAGAGAAAAGACAUGCCUUUGUCAAGAUGUACUACCGUCAAGAUGCUGAGAAUGCAAAGAAGGCCAUGGAAGAGAACAGAGGCUCCGACGUCCAGCUGCGGACUCGUUGGGGUGUUGGCUUUGGCCCCCGUGACUGCAGUGACUACCAGACUGGAAUUAGUGUCAUUCCUAUUCACAAGCUCACCGAAGCCGACCGGAAAUGGAUGUUGACGGCGCCUUAUGGCGGAAGUGGUGGCCAACCUAUUACCACCGGUCUUGUUGUCGAGGAGCCAGACAUUGAGAUUGGCGCAGGUGUUUCGUCAAAAGCCAUCAGUCGACGUAUGCAGACAGACAAAGGGGGUAACCAUGGCCCCAAGUCAAGCCGCCGAGAUGAGGAGCCCCAGCAUCCUAACGGCAACGCAGGAGGACCGCCUCCUGCCGGUAACCGCUGGCGGCAUGGUCGCGAGAAGCAUCGGAACAACAGUGGCGAUGACAGACGCGGCGAUCGCAAUGACAAGAACGCAGCGAACGAUGACCCGAUAGUGAUGGGCUUGCCUGGAAACAUCACUGUUGGACCGAAUGGCAUUAAUUUUCCUCCUAAUUAUGCCUUCACAUCCAACAGCACGUCGAAUAACUAGUGGGCUCGGUUCCUGCUGUCUCGCGGAGAUAAAGGCCCAGGGGAAAGCUGAGGAACGCGAAUCGGAAGAGAAAGCACAUAGGCGAGGGAUUAGUUCAGGGAGGAGAUACCCCUUGAGAUGGAUAAAGGAUCAUGGAGAGAAAAAAGUUACUGCUAUGGGACCGGAGGCUAUCGUUAUUCGCGGCGUAUUGGUAUUGAUUUCUCUUGGGCAUUACGUUAGUAGAUGGGCAGCGGUGGGAUAUUGCUUUAGGUCCAGUAUACCUUAUCGGUUUCUCAAAGCGGAAGGUUUCUUGAUGGUUAUGGUUCUUCCGCGACAGAUAGUUCCUUCCUUCUCUGUCUUUAGAUGCCUUUUGACGGCUUUGCCAUUCAGCAAACCGGUAUGAUAGUUGGUAAUCAUGGAGCGAGAAAAAUGUACACUUAUUGUAUUCUACUGUAGUCUUCGCCGAGAAGCUUUCCCACCUAGGCUAGUCCUGCAUAAUAAUGGUC